GUCUCACCCCCUGUCCCGAGUACGCCGACUUAUCUUCAGAAACCAAUGGUGCAAGUCGACAAUGGUCAGAUUCGCGUGACCAAGAUCUUGGUGCACCCUAUCAAGAGUUGCCGUGGCACAAGCGUUAGGGAGGUGCGGUAUACACCGCAGGGCCUCGAGAACGAUAGGAAAUGGGCCGUUCUCGAUUCUGUCGAGAACAAGAUCUUGACGGCUCGUGAACUCCCGAGGCUUGUCCUUGUCGAACCGGAGCUGCGGUGCGACGCCUCGUCGCCGACGAAGGGCAAGCUCGUCGUGACAGUCCGGCCGGAUUCCGGCCCAGUAUCAUUCGCGGUGCCUAUUGAGCCGACGCCAGACAUGCUCUCUCAGUGGGAAAUUGUCAGCGACACAUCACUCUUCGACAGGUCGGCACAGGAUGCGUAUAUCGUCCAGUCUCUCUCGCGCGGUGGUCCCUCGCCCUCUCAGAUCCUUUCCGACUUCCUUGGCCGUCCCGUACACCUCAUAGUGAAGGGGCCGACUCCACGAUCCUGCUUGCCAACGCACGCGUUCCCGACAUUGAAGGCGACGGCAGUCUUCCAGGACGGUUAUCCCGUGCUCUUUGCGAGCGAGGAGAGCCUCGAAGCCGUCGCGCAGGCCGUAAACGACACUGCGAAAAGCGGUCCUGACUCACCUGGCGCCCUUGGGAAGAUUGGCGGGAUGGACCACGCGCGGUGGGAGAAGGAGAAGGUCCCAAUUGAACGCUUCCGUCCGAAUAUCGUCGUCCGCGGUGCCGGUACCCCCUUCUCUGAGGACAUCUGGGAGAAAGUCUACGUCACUCCGCGGGGCAGCAACACGAAGGACGAAUCCCGCUCGUUCACGCUCGUCUCACGUUGCGCUCGCUGCCUUCUUCCGAACGUCGACCCGGCAACAGGCGUCCGCGAUGCUG